UGGGGCCUGCGGUGGGAGGGAGGAAAAGGAAGGCGGAGAGAACAUGCUAGGUUCUGAGACCAGCCGCGAGGGUCGCCUUGAGAGACCGUUUCUGAGGUGGGGGCCUGACCGUGUGGACAGCGAAGGAGGGCAGGAAAUCUGAAAUCCCCAACACUUCCUCCCUCGGGGGAAUUUGAUCCCCCAUGGCCACCGCUAACAGCAUCAUUGUGCUGGAUGAUGAUGAUGAAGAUGAAGCAGCUGCUCAGCCAGGGCCCUCCCACCCACCCCUGAGUCCUGGCUCACCUCAGGCAGAAGCCCUUGGCUCACCGCAGGCAGAAGCCCCUGGUUCUUCUGAGCCCCUUGGAGCUGAAGGAAAUAGUAGUUCUGGCGGCAAGAAAUGCUACAAGUUGGAGAAUGAGAAGCUGUUUGAAGAGUUCCUUGAACUGUGUAAGACGCAGACAGCAGACCACCCUGAGGUGGUCCAAUUCCUCUCUAACCGGCAGCAGCGGGCCCAGUCUCUGUUUUUGGCCUCAGCAGAGUUCUGCAACAUCCUUUCCCGGGUCCUCUCCCGGGCCAGGAGUCGGCCAGCUAAGUUGUAUGUGUAUAUCAAUGAACUCUGCACUGUUCUUAAGGCCCAUUCUGCCAAGAAGAAGCUGAACCUGGCCCCUCUUGCUACCACUUCCAGUGAGCCCUUUGAGAAUAACCCUCCCACAGACUCCUCAAACCUCACACAUGCUGAAGCCUCUGCCUCUGAGGCCCCAAGGACCCGUGGUUCCCGACGGCAGAUCCAGCGCUUGGAGCAGUUGCUGGCACUCUAUGUGGCAGAGAUCAAGCGGCUACAGGAAAAGGAGUUGGAUCUGUCAGAAUUGGAUGAUCCAGACUCCACAUACCUGCAAGAGGCCAGAUUGAAGCGGAAGCUUAUCCGCCUCUUUGGCCGCCUGUGUGAGCUGAAAGACUGCUCUUCUCUGACUGGCCGUGUCAUUGAGCAGCGAAUACCUUACCGGGGCACCCGCUAUCCAGAGGUUAAUAGGCGCAUCGAACGGCUCAUCAACAAGCCAGGGCUUGAUACUUUCCCUGACUAUAGAGAUGUGCUUCGAGCAGUAGAGAAGGCAGCUGCUCGGCACAGCCUUGGCCUUCCUCGACAGCAGCUUCAGCUCUUGGCUCAGGAUGCCUUCCGUGAUGUUGGUGUUAGGUUACAAGAGCGCCGCCACCUUGAUCUCAUCUACAACUUUGGCUGUCACCUCACAGAUGACUAUAGGCCAGGUAUUGACCCAGCACUUUCAGAUCCUGCUUUGGCCAGGCGCCUUCGAGAAAACCGAAACUUAGCAAUGAGCCGACUGGAUGAAGUCAUCUCCAAAUAUGCAGUGAUGCAAGACAAAAGUGAGGAGGGGGAGAGACAGAAGCGAAGAGCUCGGCUUUCCCAAGGCACUUCCUCCCAAUCUCCAGACUCCCCCAAAGCCUCCUUGGAUUCUGGUGAGGGCCCUAGUGGAAUGGCAUCCCAAGAAUGCCCGCCUACCUCCAAGGCUGACACUGAUGAUGAGGAAGAUGAAGAAAGUGAUGAGGAGGAAGAAGAGGAAGAAGAGGAAGAGGAAGAAGCCACAGAUUCCGAAGACGAGGAUGAUCUAGAACAGAUACAGGAAUGUCAGGAAGAUGAAGAGGAGGAGGAAGAGGAAGAAGAAGAGGAGGAAGAAGAAGAGGAGGAGGAGGAAAGAGGAGGUAAUAGUAGAAACAAAAGCCCAAUGUCACCAUCACAGACCUCCACUGAAAACGUGGAGCCCAGCAAAGAGAACAACAGGUCUUCGGAAGAACUGCAAAAUAAAGAACUCACAGCGUCACCGGCUUCACUGUUGGAAGAACCCCUGAAUCCUUCCAGCAUAGAUGCUGAAAGCAGUGGAGAACAGUAUGAAAAGCUUCCCCUAGAGGAAGAGAGUCCUAAGUCUCAGCUCUUUGAGUUAGAAAUUGAAACUUUACCAGUGGAUACUACCCCCUCCCCUGAGGAAAAGGAUAUUUCCUCUUCUGGAAAGCAAUCAGAGGAUGUCCUCAGUACUGUUUUGGAGAAUGGGGCAGCCAUGGUCUCCUCCACAUCCUUCAAUGGAGGUGUCUCUCCUCAUGCUUGGGGAGAUUCCAGUCCUCCCUGCAAGAAAUCUCGCAAGGAGAAGCCAACAGGAAUAGGACCAUUAAAAACCAGCUGUGUGGAAGAGCAAAAGGCAUUACAGGAGAAGAAUGGGAAGAAGACAGUAUGUACCCUGUCUAGUCCACCUUCCCCCUUGGCUUCUAUGGUUCCAGUUGCUGAUUCCUCUACAAGGGUGGACUCUCCUAGCCAUGGCCUGGUGACCAGCUCCCUCUGCAGCCCUUUUCCAGCCCAGAUGUCCCAAGUUCCCCAAUCACAAGCUCUUCAACCCAGUUCUUAUAAGAUGAGUGUGGCCACACAGUGUGAUCCAGAAGAAAUCAUCGUGCUCUCAGACUCUGAUUAGUUCCCUCCCACUCUCCCUGCCUUCCAGAAUGAUUUGGAUAGCAUUUGGAGGAUGGUGGAAAGCAAAUAAAUUUGAGGAAGGGAUGGACUGAUCUAAUUCUUUUUUGGUGGUUUCUUUAAAAAAUCAAAAGCUUAAGCUUAAGUUUUACACAGAAACAAUAAAUAAUAAAACUUUUUCUUAUUGUA